AGUACAAGAAAAAAGAUAGAGACCAUAAAAUACUUUAGUCUUAAACAUAACGAAUAUUGACUGAAUAAAUCUAUUAAUAUUUCACAAAUCAAUCUGCACAUCUAGGCUUUGAUUUAAUUUAAGUGAAUUGGGUAUCAUAUUGGCUCAUGUUGGGUUCUCACUACUCCCCCUCAUUUAUUAUAUCAACGUGGAGGUUCUAGGUAAUACUUACUUUGACUGAAUUCACCAAUCAACAUCUAUGACUGGAUUAUGAGUGGUGGGAGAUGAAAGUACACUUCUAGAUAGGUAAACACAUCAUGAAUAAACCUGACUGCUCAAUAACGUUAUCACUUCUGUGGGCCUCAAGUAUAUCAUCUGAAUAAUAAAGAGAUUGCACUACCAAAUCUCCAGGAAUGCUUUUAGCCCUGGCAUUUCUUUUCUUUUUUUCUCCCUUUCUUUUUUUUUUUUUUUUGUUUUACUCCCAAUGCUCUUACUCUUCUAUUCUGAUCUUUUCUCAGAAUACCCUUAGGGACCUGCAAUAACCCAGAAAGGUAACAAGAUCAGAGGGUUAUCCUUACACCUUCACAGACAACUUCUGUCUCUCUCCCUUUUUACUUUCUCUCAGUCCCAACUCAGAAAUACAGGUAGAUGUGGGGUCUGCUUGCCUUUUCUUUGUGCAGACACCAGUAAUAAUGCAAAAUUCAAGACUGACAUGCUCCUCAUUUUUAAUUUUUAAAAGAUUGGUGCUGCCUGUGGGUUUUAAUAUACGUCUCCUCUGCUGCUUUUAGUGUCUACUUUUCUAUUUAAAAAGUUUAUUACUGAGAUGUAAGAAUUUCCAAUUAUGUUUGAGAAAAACAUGAAAAGGUUGAAAGUGUCUGCCUGACAAUCAUCCUGUUUCUUGAGACAGAAGGGUUAAUUUUUAGAAAAUGAAAAUAUAAUUUGAAAUGAUGUGUCCUUUUCCAUUUCUCCACACACUCCUCCUUCCACUCACUCUCCUCUUUUCUUUCCUUCCAUUUCCUUUGUUUUGUUCCCUCAGCUUUCAAAGCCAUCUCCCAUUUCUUAACACUGUUGUCUGACUUAGGCUACCUGCCUUCUUGUUCAUGAAAAAUCAUCCGCUGUGAAUGGGCCUAAGACAAUGUCCCACGCAUAGCUAUUAGGUUCUUUUGGUAGAUCUCAGUAGCCACAGUUGUUAGAGGCGGGUGACGGCUAACCACUCUUCCAAGAGUUCCCACAAGUACAGGUCACAGCAAAGCUAAGAUGCAGAACAGCUUCUGCUACAGAAACAGACAUUUAUUAGUAAGUAGGCACUUAUAGCUUGUUCUGGAAUCUUUAUGAAGUUCCAGCUCUUGGUUCUUUUAGGUACCAGAAAAAUGUCUUGCAAAAAAGGUUUUCCAGAAGCAAAUAUGGCAGUAUUUCAGUGGCGGAAUCCGCCUUAUCGUCUGUGAGAAUUAGACAACUAAGAUCUGUUAGGAAUCAAUAACAGCAGCCAGUUCAUAUGGUCUUGCGUUGAUUAAAUGAGCUAAUACAUUUACAUCUCUCAGAGUUGGGCCAGUCAAAAAUGUGUUAGUUCUUAUUAUUACUAUUAUAAUGGCACCAUUUCUUAAAGUAAAGUGUGAAAAGCAUCUUAGAUUCACAUACUCUAUUCAAGUAGAAGGAAAGAAUGUCUAUAAAGUAUUUUGGCCAAUCCACAUAUCUUGAAUGUUAAUGAUUUCACCAAAGAGAACCCAUUCCUAACCUCCAUUACACCAUUUGACAAGCCAUUUAUUUCACCAAUGAUAGCCUAUUUCCAACAUACAUCGUAAUUAAUUUACAAAGUCACAUCAUGAUUGGAGAUGAUGAUAGUUCAAGGCUUCUAGAAGCCACCUCUGGCUUCCAUAAUUCUGGCUGAGAUGUAGGAGCAUAAAUUCCUGAUGAAGGCAACUUACUCUCAUGGGAUACAGAACAACACUAACAAACAUUCAUAUCACACUGUCUUUGCUGAAAUAUUGAAGAGUAAAUUACAGGCAGCUGAGCACCAUGUCUCCUCCAACGAAUUCUUCAGUCACCUAAGACCAAUUUGUCAGAUGCUGCCUCAGUUUCCUUUCGAUAAUGCACUUCCAACCACAGGGACUGACCACCUGAAGAGACACAAAGAAUAAGCACAAGCUUUAUUUGUUCCAUCCAGAUUAGGCAUGUGUUUGCUCACAAGACUUUUCUCUACUUUCUGGACAAAGAAUUGCUCCUUGCUCCAACAAAUUACAAUCAUUUAUAACAGAUAUUGCAGCAUCAGUAUCACAGCAUCCACCCCAGAACCUCCUAGGUAUUGCAAAGGUGCCCUAGACAUCUGCCUGAAACACUACAGCUACAAUUUCUUCUUUUGAGGCAGCCAUAAAUAUUUCUUCUUUAGCUCUUGAGACUCCAGUAAAACUGAGAUUUCUGGCCUAUCCUUUCCCUAACUUUGCCUUUAUCUCCCCAGGCCAAAGACAAUAUAAGACAGACAGUGGAGCCUUUUCUUCAUUGAACGCUCUGGAAGGUUCUUCAGAAUCUUCUAUAUUUAUUCUAUUCCUAUUGCUUUAAUUUAUACAAAUCUCUUUGCAAAGUCCCAGCCCCAUCGUUCCCUAUUAAUCAAGAGAAUAACAAAUAGAGUCAAUCCUCAUUAUUCACGGAUAUGAAUUCACCUCCCCACUAAAAUUUGUAACCCCUAAACCAAAACCACAGGGCAAUUUGGUGAUCAUUAACAGACAUACACAGAGUGGCAAAAAAUAUGAGUCCCUGACAGCUACGUUCCCAGCUGAGGUCAAACAAUGCAACACUCCGCCUUCUUGUUUCAGCUCUUGUACUGUAAACAACUGUCCUUUUUGUGAUCUAUUUAGCGCCAUGUUUUGCACAUUUUCGUGCUUUUUAUUGGUGAUUUUGCUGUUUAAAAUGGGCCCUAAACAUAGUGCUAAAGUGCUGUCUAAUGUUCCUCAACACAAGAAGCCUGUGAUAUGCAGAGGAAAUAGGUAUGUCAGAUAAGCUUCAUGCAGGCUUAAGUUAUAAUAGUGAUGUUGACUGUGAUUUCAGUGUUAAUGAACCAACAAUAUAUAUUAAAUAAGGUGUUUUUAAACAGAAAAACACAUAAAACAAGGUUGUAUAUUGAUCAGUGGAUGAAAAUGUGGUGACCAGAGGUUUGCAGGAACCUAACCCCUAGGAGCAAUGGUCCGGUCUUCACUAAUUUAGUGUUUCUGGUGACUUUUUAGACCGUAACUACUGGGAAUAAUGAGAAUUGACUGUAUGUACUAAGAAACUAACUUACAUUUCACAUAUGCUGGGCACUAGAGGGAGUACAAAUGAAGAUUUAACUCUGCUCUCCUCCAGGAAUCCAUCUAGUUGGGGAGGGAAGGACAAGUCAACCCCAUAUAUGAGGGUAUUGGAGAGUAAUGCAAUGCUCUACAUCUCCUAUAGACGGAAGGGAACUGAAUGAAUGGUGCAGGCUCAACAGCUUGAAUACGUUAGACCUCUAUGGGAGGAAAGACAUAAUGCCUUCAUAGUGGGGCACAUAUGAUAUAUUUUAAAGCACUCUCACAUUAAAUAUUGCAUUAUAUCCUCCCUGCCCUGUGGGAUUGUUAGGAAGGAUAGGAACAUGACUAUUUUAUAAAGGAAGCCACGGGGCCUCAGGGAAAGGCUAAGUAACUAAUGUGACAUAACCAGUAAACGGCAGCGCCCAGAAUGCAGUGCGGGUUUCCUACCUCCUAGUCUUCUGCUGUAUCCAUACAAACACCAUGAAAUAUAAAACUCAGAAUAUGAACCUAGAGUCCUAAAACCACACUGUGAGGAUUUUCCUCUUCUUUUCCUUUUGAAGCUCUACCUGCUACUUUAAAAAUGAAUACUCACAACCCUUGACUAGUGAAUUAAAAUACGUAUGCUAAAAUAACUAAAUGAAGAGGAAAUGGCCCGAGGAUCAGGGUGGGAACAGUACACAGUGGAAGGUGCUGGAUUUGGGUUCUGUUGGUCUUUGAACAGCUGUGGAAAGUCGGGAGACAGACGUGGCAUAUUUAAGUACAUAAAAGCACCUUCUGUAGCAUGGCUAAGCCAUUUCAAUUACUGAACAACUGAAGAAUUAUCUUUUUAGUAGAAUCACAUAAACUUUUGACAGGAAUGCGAGAUGUCAGAUUCCUACAGAUUUGAUUUGGUGGUGCCUGGUCACUGUUUACAUGGUGACCAUCAGACACCCAGGGUCAUCUCUUUGAAUGGACUAAAAAGCAAUUUACAAGUCUAAGUGGCCACUUGGAUGAGUGGCUAAUAUGAAUAAAAUCCUUCUAGAAUUACCUUCUUUUUCAAUAUGUGACUUUAUAUUUGUUGAUAUAAGGGAUUAGGUAGAUGGUGAGGAGCCUGUGGAAAGUAGGACCUAUACAUAGUUGUUUGCCUUUGUUUUUAAAUAAGAAUAAAGACAAAAAAUGUCCAGCCACUAGACAUGUCAGAGUUGCUAUCACCUUUUGGAAACCUAGGAGUGUUUCAGUCACACGGGCAAAUCUUACCUGCCGGCCUCAGUGCCUGUAGUCCUUGCCAAGUGCACUUGCUGCGCUAGAUUUUUACCUUUAAGUGUGUGUUGGCUUUGCCGGUCUUUCAACCAGGCUGCAUAGUUUCCAGUUAAAGACACUGCAUUUCACCAGUAGGAUAUAACUUUCCUCACUUCCUUGGGAGCACUAGAUUCAGAAAUUUUUGUUUCCGAUGCUAGUUUCCUUAUGAGACAGGAUAAAAGGAAGAACUCCACCCUUAAAAAAGAUCAUCAGAGCUGGGCUUCUAUAGAGAUCUGGGGAGCCCUUAAAUAUCCCUAAAUGUUUGACUGAAAUACAAGCAAUCUCAUUCGUACUAUUUCUCUCUCUGCUGUGCUAUUUCCCACCCGUCUUCUUUCUCUCUUUCAUUGUUCCUUUUUCUCUCUUCCUCAGCUGCCGAAUUCACUCAUCCUUUUUCCUCCUUGUGUGUUUUAGUUCUCUGCACUUCCACUGCCCUGUAUGGGAUAUAAUAUUGUAGUGGGGAAUGAGGACUCUUUGUUAUGAGUAAUAUGUGUAAUUAACAGAUCAUCAAAACUGAUGCUUGAGUAGAUGGUGUCAAGCCAUAUUUAGCAGAUCGGGUUUGAACACCUGGCAGAACAAGUUUGGUCCAAUAAAAAGAGCCGAAUUCUUUCCCUUUUAAGAGCUCUCAAGACACUGGUUACAUCUAAACCAUAGGGGUAGAGGAAGGGUGCCAUUUGCCAUUGUAAUUCAGACGGAGGGAUCACCUGGUAGAGGAGGGAGAGUUGCUUUUUAGGUGUUCCCCGCAUCGCCGUGCACGUGUCCCUUUGAUGUGUGGAGAAUGCAUGAGAGGCAAAGCAGGGCGAUUUUUGUGGGAAGCUAGACCAGCCUCCCUCGUUACAUAGGCUCGUCCUCUGCAUUGCAUCCGAGCUUCAGUGAUUUGCUGUUUGGAGACUGCAGAUUUGCAUAGAGCCCCUCGCUUCGCCAGCGUGUGUGGUUUUUCUUUUCUUUUUUCUUUUUUUCUUUUUCUUUUUCUCCCCCCCCACCCCCGCCCCGCUUCGUCUGCUGCUUCUUUUUCUCAGCUCUCUUUCCCCCGUUCGAUCCCAGCUUCCUUCAUAAGGGUGCACUCUUGCUUCUGAACCCCUCGCCGGGCGUAAGUGUCAGGAGGCGGCGGACGCGGAGAUUGCCUCGGGAGCAGGCGAUGCGCGCUGCUGCUCCGCGCGCUGCCCGGGGGAGGCUGGCGCAAGCGGGCGAGCCGGCCGGGGCUGAAUGGAGGGAAGAGGCACCUCGAUUCCAUGGGGUCUGCUUCUCCCUUGAAAGGAAGUUGGGCCGGCGAAGUGGCCUCCCCAGUCCUCACACACAAUGCUAAACGGAUUUACCUAGUGGAUUCGCGGUGGAUGGCUGUCAUGUAGAAGUGAGGACCCUCCGGGAGGAGCUUUAAACAAUUUCCCCGCUCCCCACCCCUCGGCACGCACUCUCGCCCGAAACUCUUUGGGAGUAUCCUCUCGAGAACCCGGAGCCCUGGAAAUCUGGAAGCAGCCAUCCGCUCCGCGCUUGCUGUUCCCCGGGGCUGCCUUUCCGGACAAGCCCCUCAUCGGCUGCAUUCGCCUUGGCUAUGUUUCGGAUUCUUUGGGGUGCAAGGCACGGAGGACUCCAGGACCCCGAGAAGACUGUCCGAAGGAGGGAGAGGAUGGGUGAUUUGGCGCGGUGAGGCGGCCAGCCCCGCAGCCCACCCUGCGCCGCCCGCUCCCCGGCGCCCUCUCCCCUCCCCGCGCCCCAAACUUUGCCUCCCGCGGCGGCUGCCCCUCGGCGGGCGCCCUGCCAUGUACCAGAGGAUGCUCCGGUGCGGCGCCGAGCUAGGCUCGCCUGGGGGCGGCGGCGGCGGCGGCGGCGGCGCAGGGGGGCGCCUGGCCCUGCUCUGGAUAGUCCCGCUCACCCUCAGCGGCCUCCUAGGAGUGGCAUGGGGGGCUUCCAGUUUGGGAGCGCACCACAUCCACCAUUUCCAUGGAAGCAGCAAGCAUCAUUCAGUGCCUAUUGCAAUCUACAGGUCACCGGCAUCCUUGCGAGGCGGACACGCUGGGACAACGUAUAUCUUUAGCAAAGGUGGUGGACAAAUCACAUAUAAGUGGCCUCCUAAUGACCGGCCAAGUACACGAGCAGACAGACUGGCCAUAGGGUUUAGCACUGUUCAGAAAGAAGCUGUACUGGUGCGAGUGGACAGUUCUUCUGGCCUGGGUGACUACCUAGAGCUGCAUAUACACCAAGGAAAAAUUGGAGUUAAAUUUAAUGUUGGGACAGAUGACAUCGCCAUCGAAGAGUCCAAUGCAAUCAUUAACGAUGGGAAAUACCAUGUAGUCCGUUUCACGAGGAGUGGUGGCAAUGCCACAUUACAGGUGGACAGCUGGCCAGUGAUCGAGCGCUACCCUGCAGGAAACAAUGAUAACGAGCGCCUGGCGAUUGCUAGACAGCGAAUUCCAUAUCGACUUGGUCGAGUAGUUGAUGAAUGGCUACUCGACAAAGGGCGUCAGCUCACAAUCUUCAAUAGCCAAGCAACCAUAAUAAUUGGCGGGAAAGAGCAGGGCCAGCCCUUCCAGGGCCAGCUCUCUGGGCUUUACUACAAUGGCUUGAAAGUUCUGAAUAUGGCAGCCGAAAAUGAUGCCAACAUCGCCAUAGUGGGAAAUGUGAGACUGGUUGGUGAAGUGCCUUCCUCUAUGACAACUGAGUCGACAGCCACUGCCAUGCAGUCAGAGAUGUCCACAUCAAUUAUGGAGACUACCACGACCCUGGCUACUAGCACAGCCAGAAGAGGAAAGCCUCCUACGAAAGAACCCGUUAGCCAGACCACAGAUGACAUCCUUGUGGCCUCAGCAGAGUGUCCCAGUGAUGACGAAGACAUUGACCCCUGUGAGCCGAGCUCAGGUGGGUUAGCCAACCCGACCAGGGCAGGCGGGAGAGAGCCGUACCCAGGUUCGGCGGAAGUGAUUCGAGAGUCUAGCAGCACCACGGGCAUGGUUGUGGGGAUAGUAGCCGCUGCCGCGCUGUGCAUCCUCAUCCUCCUCUACGCCAUGUACAAGUACAGAAACCGGGAUGAAGGCUCCUACCAUGUGGACGAGAGUCGAAACUACAUCAGUAACUCAGCACAGUCCAAUGGGGCUGUUGUAAAGGAGAAACAACCCAGCAGUGCGAAAAGCGCCAACAAAAAUAAGAAAAACAAGGAUAAAGAGUAUUACGUCUGAUCCCACGAUCUUAAAAGGACCCUUGUAUAGAAAUAGUCUUCAUUUUAUCUGAGACAUAAUAUAAACUUAUUUACUUUCCUUUUUAUGAAGCACAUACAAAAGAAGACAGGGAAUGCAAUCAGGAAGGAAAGACUGUUUUUAAAAAAUAAAAACAAGUAUCUCAUGCUCUUGUUUCUCCAAAAAAGAAAAAAAAAAAGGACAGGGGCCAAUAAAUUCCCUAACAUGCGCAGUGUUUUCAUUUACUCUGCCUGUCUUUAUGUUGCUGGAACAUUUGUGAAAGACAGUGAUGACUGCACGCAUUCAUAAAGCAAAGGAGUAUUACAACAUCAAGGCACAACACAAAAACAACACAAAACACAACACAAAAAAAGAAGCUACCUAUGAUCCUGGAUUUAGCCAAAGUGCUAGCGCUUUCCUGAGAAGUCAGUUAGUCUGAUUGCCAGAGAAGACUGUGUCAUUUUGAGUGACUCAACCUGCAAACCUUUAGGAGUUUGCCACCUGGCGCAACUGGAGCAAUGGUUGGAACUUGCAUUUGAAACAAAGUGCUGGCUUUUUUGAAGACUUGUGUAGGAACACAUUCAAAAAGCCCCUUUCUGGUUGUGAGGGAAAAAAAAGUAUGGAGGCCUUAUUUUCAACAAUGUGAAAUAUAAGGCACAUUUUCACACUAAAAUUUCAAAACGAAAACAAGAGGGCAUAGAUGCAAUCAUUGGGAAAUUUUCAUGCACGCUUAAUAUGUUAUUACAUAUGUUUAUAUAAAAUCCAUCUCUGUGUGCUUUCUGGACUGUGAUAAGUGACGUUUUAUAGCCUGUUGUAUAGAAAAUGCAAAAUAUAUCUCUGCUCUUCAGCCAUUUUUGGUAAAUUCAAUGUUAUAAGUGUUGCUAAGUAUAGGGAGUUUUAUGACAUCGGAGCAACAAUUAUUUCAGGGUUUUUGGUUUGUUUGUUUUUUUUUGCCACCAGUAUAAAUUGCCACAAUUACUUACUUUUUUUAAAAAAAAAAAAUUACAAUGUAGUGUUUAUUCUAAGGAAGAUAUGUAUGAAUGUAUAUAAAAACACUCAACUACUUUUUUUCUUACAUGUACAGCCUUCAUUCUGUUGCAAUUAAGUUUUAGUAUUUGUAUGAAAGGUGUGAAUUAGAAGGUAAAAUAUAUACAUAUGUAUCUUAUAAUCUUCUUUUCUCCCCCAAAUUACUCACAUUUCCCGCAUACAUUCACCAUGCACAGUCACAAAAACACAGACACGCACUCUCUCACACACACACAAAUCCAGAGGAAUCCAUCAGAGAUGACAGAAGAACCAAACAUAAAUAUAGGAAAGAUUAUUGACAAAUUGAGAAGCAGGAAGGAAGAUAGUUGUGCCAAGGCAUUGAUGACAAAUGGGGUGAUUUGCUUCAUUGAGAUCACGCUCCCAGGAAACCUCGAGAAGAUUUUAGUUGCUAAUGAAAUGGAACCUUUUCUUAUCAUAUAGAAUAUCAGUGGUAUGUUGCUGCACGAACAGGAACCAUUAUGUGGGCAGGUUAUGGAAGCAAAAUUGGUUGAUCUACAUCUUAACCCUGGCUGCUGCAGUUGAAAACUUUGUUUCCAAUAAAAUUAUAUAGAUAUAUUCUCUGAACCUGAUGUGCAUGAUAAACAUUUUGGAAAGUAAACACUUUCUCAACUAAGGAAGUAUUUUCAGUAAUUUUUGAUUCUGUAUUACUAUUCAUCUAAAAAAGUCAUUCUUUGUUGAUUAUUGACUAUAUUUUAACUUUUCUGGUUUUACAUCUCUAUCAUUAAAUAUAGUUUUAGCUUAACACACAUUAAGUAGAAAAGUAUACAUUACACACUUGUUUUUGCAUAUUGUUUCAAUGAUGUUCAUAGCAAUAAAUUAUUAGUAUGAGAAGGUAAUGCAAAGGAAGAUGCAUUAUUAGAUUGGAAGGUGAUGCCUCAGAAAAAAUUGGUCGCAUUACUUUAACAUCUCCUAAAAGAAUGAUAUUAGAUUUCACAGAAGAGAAGAAUACCUUUACAAUUAGCUUUAAUCAGCAAAGGCAAAAAAUGCAAAACAUCUUUUGUGAUACUUUAGUUGAUGAAAAAAGCCAAGAAGUGGCCUGGAUUUCAGACAUACAGCACCCUAGAAAUAUGUAUAGUUCAUAGCAAACCACCACUAUCUAUGGUUGCCAAGUAAUUGUGGUGCAUGAAAAGCCUUAAAGGUUUUUCAUGACCCAGAAAGUAGAGGUAUAAAACUAAAAUUUAAUAUCCAUUACUUGUGUUUCAGAUUUUCUUCUUUUCUUAAUUUGCCAGGUUAAAGAAUUCAUAAGACUUUUUCUUUUCCUCUCAUUCAGUCUUACUCAGGGAAAGCCAGUGAAAUAAGGUAAAUAUAAAACCACUAAUUUACCGUUUGAGGUUUUAAAAAGAAAUGGUUGCUUUUCCAUUUGAUCUACUGAACUUGAACUAGUUUCCAUCUGGAAAGAUUCUAAAAUAUGAUAGAAAAUAAAUUGAAAAAUGGUAUUUUUUAAGCAGUAUAUCUAUGAAGCAUGUUGUUUGGGAUUGGUUUCAAUGUUUCUUUCCAGCAUAAAUUUUAGAAUUUCAUUCAAUCAUGUAAUCUAAUAUUGUCAGUAUAAAUGUUUCUAACGUUAUUGGCCUACAUAAAAUUGGAAAUUUUUUUCUUUUUUUCUUCUUUCUUUCUUUUUGAAUGGAGAAAGAAAAGAGAGGAACAUGAGCUAGAGAGAGAAAAAGACAUGAAUAAAAUCUCAAGUAUCUUCAUACCAAACAUAUCAGGGUUCCAUGCACAGUUUGCAGUUAGAGGAUUUCACACUACCUGGCAUAAAUUUGAUUACAUCUCUAGACUGCAACUUUCCUGAUUGAGUAUGCUUCUUUUUUAUCCAUGUAAUGUGUUGCCUUUUUUAAAAAACAAAUACUACAAUAACGUGUGAGGUGGUCGAUCCAUAAGACAUCAAAGAAAGGCCACAUGACCCUACCCUUCUAGUGCUUUGUGUGAUUGGAUAUCUAAGGGUUUUGUUUUGAUUUGGUUUUCUGUUGCAAGGCCAAUUUAUCCAUUAUUGGAAAUGCUAAGCAAGUGGAAUUUACUGUUUUGUUAAUAAAAUAUUUCUUAAUACAA